CAAUGCAAACUUAUACCCGCUAUACGGCUUUAGGCUCCAGUCAAAGAGGAGAUGCCAGAUGAUUGCGUGUUUUUGUAUUGAGGUAGUGAGUUAGCGCUGCAGUCUUAACAGUCCUUCUGGCAUGCCAUCUGUGAAUGAUGGGAAUUGUUUUGUUUGCACAUCUCCGCGUCUGUUUGUAAAACUGGGCGCCUCUAAAAAGGGUCCGUGCUCUAUAAUAUGUGACCAUUUAGUGAAUAACAUAUGGAAGAUUAUGUGACAUGGAAAUCUAAACUUUCUCCUUAAAGUUCCAUUCUUUUGGGAUAUUUGGAACACCGAAAAUAUGGAGAGUUCAAGAAAGGAUGUAAUCCACCCGAAGCUCUGAAUAACAUAGCAAAAGCUUUUUUUAUUUUGAAUGUUCCUAGAAUUUUCUCUUGGACAUUACACACACCAAAGGGGACUCGUGGCUGGAACAGCAGUGCGUGUUGUGAUGCUGCUUCUGUGUCUCUUAUCUAGCGUCAGUUUGGAUUUUUUCUAUAAGAUCUGUGCAGUUCUAGAAUGGCUCGCUUCGAAGAUGAUCUUUCCGGACGGAGAGGGGCCAUCUGGCCUCCAGGCCCCCCAAGCGGCCCCAGGGUCUACAAGCAAACGAUGGCUCAAAGAGCCAGAACAAUGGCUAUAUACAACCCCAUACCUGUUAAGCAAAACUGCCUCACUGUCAACCGGUCUCUCUUCAUCUUCAGCGAGGAUAACAUAAUACGAAAAUAUGCCAAAAAGAUUACAGAGUGGCCUCCAUUUGAGUACAUGAUCCUAGCCACCAUCAUAGCCAACUGCAUCGUUCUGGCCCUGGAGCAGCACCUGCCUGCUAGUGACAAGACGCCCAUGUCAGAACGCCUGGAUGAUACAGAGCCCUACUUCAUUGGAAUAUUUUGUUUUGAGGCCGGCAUCAAGAUCAUCGCCCUUGGGUUUGCGUUUCACAAAGGCACCUACCUCCGUAAUGGCUGGAAUGUAAUGGAUUUUGUGGUCGUCUUAACAGGGAUUCUGGCCACGGCCGGGGCCGACUUUGAUUUACGAACACUGACGGUCAGAGUCUUACGACCUCUCAAACUGGUGUCUGGAAUCCCGAGUCUUCAGGUGGUGUUGAAGUCCAUUAUGAAAGCCAUGGUGCCUCUGCUGCAGAUAGGCAUGUUGCUGUUUUUUGCCAUCCUCAUGUUCGCCAUUAUCGGCUUGGACUUUUACAUGGGCAAGUUUCACCGGACCUGCUUCAGGAAUGACACCGGUGAGCAGAUGGCAGACUUCCCCUGUGGACUGGAGAACCCAGCCAGGACCUGCCCCAGCGGCACCCUGUGUCAGGAGUACUGGCUAGGCCCCAACUACGGCAUCACUAACUUCGACUACAUCCUGUUUGCCAUUCUCACCGUCUUCCAGUGCAUCCCAUGGAGGGCUGGGUGGACAUCCUCUACAACGUUUAAUUUCGAGGAGGAGACGCCAACGACUAACUUUGACACGUUCCCAGCAGCCAUUCUCACUGUCUUCCAGAUCCUGACGGGAGAGGAUUGGAAUGCAGUGAUGUACCAUGGGAUAGAGUCACAGGGGGGCGUUCGGCGUGGAAUGUUCUCCUCGAUCUACUUCAUCGUUCUCACCCUCUUUGGAAACUACACUCUCCUCAAUGUCUUCUUGGCCAUUGCUGUGGAUAACCUUGCCAAUGCUCAGGAGCUCACUAAGGAUGAAGAGGAGCAGGAAGAGGCCAUCAAUAAGAAGCUGGCUAUGCAGAAGGCCAAGGAGGUAAAGGUCAGCCCCAUGUCUACGGCCAACAUCUCCAUAACAGCUUUUGUAAGGCACCGACGAGGUGCAAAUUCUAGCAGCUCGUCCAUCUGCAGCGUUAACUCACUCAAGGAGCAGCAGAAGUCUUUGAAGAUGAGGUCUGUGUGGGAGCAGCGCACCACCCAGCUGCGCAAACACAACGUGCGUGCCAGCUCCGAGGCCCUGUACAGCGAGAUGGACCCCGAGGAGAAAAUCCGCAUGACCUCCGCCAUGCACAUCCGCCCGGACAUGAUGACCCACCUGGACCGCCCCCUGGUUGUCGAGCCUCACGACGGCCCCGGCCAGCCCAAGCCCCGGACCCCGGAGGAGGCCGAGGCCACCACGGACCCCGGCCAGGCCCAGCCUCGCAGGCACCACCGCCACCGGGACAGGGAGAGGCCCGUCGUCGACGAGGCCAACGAGAACGGGGAGACGGCCAACGGCAGGGAGGGGAGGCACCACGUGCACCACAGCCGCAGCAAAGACCCCGACGGCGGCAGGUGGAGGGAGGGGAAGGGGGAGCGCUCGCGCAGCCGCGACGGGGCCAGGAGGCACCACCACCAGAGCUCUCUGGACGAGGGGGGAGGAGGAGGGGGUGGAGGAGGCCCGGGGGAGAGGGAGCAUCGCCCCCACCACCACUCCCACAGGCCGGCCAAGGAGGGCAACGGCACCGUCAACGGCGGGGGCGGGGGGGAGGGCCGGCCGCGCCACAAAGAGGGCCGCUCGGCCAAUCGGGACGGGGAGUGCUGCUCCAGGGGGGAGAACGGGGCCAAUGGGAAGAGACGCAGGACCCACGGCUCCAGGGGCCAAUCCACUGCGGAGGGAGAGGGGUACAGAGACACCAGCGUCGGGGAGAGAGGCCAUGGAUACAGUGACAGAUACCAGGACUCAAAGGGAGAUUCCCUGGCCAUCACCCCCAAGCAGUGUCCCGGCGGCCCCAAGGGGGGCGGUGACCGACCAGAGGACUCAGACAACCAGAGGAACGUCGGGAAAACAGGAGAGACCUCGAGCCACAUCCCCCCCGUCACCAUCACCUCUCCCCCUGGGGAGACCACCCUCAUUACCAUCAACAGCAUUGACUUGGAGACCAUGCCUAUGAACACGGAAAAGAAAACCCUAGAGGAUCUUACUCAGAACGGCCCCAGACCCAUCCUACCCUACAGUUCCAUGUUUGUGUUUGGGCAAACCAACCCGGUGAGGCGUCUGUGCCACUACAUUGUGACCAUGCGCUACUUUGAGAUGUGUAUUCUGGUGGUGAUCGCCAUGAGCAGCAUUGCUUUGGCUGCCGAGGACCCCGUCCAGGCGAAUGCCCCACGCAACAACGUGCUCAAGUAUUUGGAUUACGUGUUUACUGGUGUUUUUACAUUCGAGAUGGUCAUCAAGAUGGUCGACUUGGGCCUCCUGCUCCACCCUGGCGCCUACUUCCGAGACCUGUGGAACAUCCUGGACUUCAUCGUGGUCAGUGGAGCACUGGUGGCGUUUGCAUUUUCAGGGAGCAAAGGCAAGGACAUCAGCACCAUCAAAUCUCUCAGGGUGUUGAGGGUCCUUCGGCCUCUCAAGACCAUCAAGCGUCUGCCCAAACUGAAGGCUGUGUUUGACUGCGUGGUCAACUCUCUGAAGAACGUGCUGAACAUCCUCAUCGUGUACAUGCUGUUCAUGUUCAUCUUUGCCGUCAUCGCCGUGCAGCUCUUCAAGGGGAAGUUCUUCUACUGCACCGACGAGUCCAAGGGCCUGGAGAAGGACUGCAGAGGGCAGUUCCUGGACUACGACAGGGACGAGGUGUCUGCCCAGCCCAGGGAGUGGAGGAAGUAUGAGUUCCACUAUGACAACGUGCUCUGGGCUUUCCUCACCCUCUUCACCGUGUCCACUGGGGAGGGCUGGCCCACAGUCCUGAAGCACUCGGUGGACGCCACCUUCGAGGACAAGGGUCCCAGCCCGGGCUACCGCAUAGAGAUCUCCAUCUUCUACGUGGUCUACUUUGUGGUCUUUCCCUUCUUCUUCGUCAACAUCUUCGUGGCCCUCAUCAUCAUCACCUUCCAGGAGCAGGGCGACAAGGCCAUGGCGGAGUGCAGCCUGGAGAAGAACGAGAGAGCCUGUAUAGACUUUGCCAUCAAUGCCAAGGCCCUGACCCGCUACAUGCCAGAGGAUGCCCAGUCCUUCCAAUACCGGAUGAAGUUCGUGGUGUCGGCUCCAUUCGAGUACUCCAUCAUGAUCAUGAUCGCCCUCAACACGGUGGUGCUCAUGAUGAAGUUCCAUGGAGCUCCCGACUUCUACGAGGCCAUGCUGAAGAACCUGAACAUCGUCUUCACCGCCCUCUUCUCCCUGGAGUGCAUCCUCAAGAUCAUCGCCUUCGGCCCUCUGAACUACCUGAAGGACGCGUGGAACGUGUUCGAUUUCGUCACCGUCAUCGGGAGCAUCACAGACAUCCUGGUCACGGAGAUCAAUGAUCGCCUGCUGAACCUCAGCUUUCUGAGGCUGUUCCGGGCGGCUCGUCUCAUCAAGCUGCUGAGGCAGGGCUACACCAUCCGGAUCCUUCUCUGGACCUUCGUACAGUCCUUCAAGGCCCUGCCGUAUGUUUGCCUUCUUAUUGCCAUGCUGUUCUUCAUCUAUGCCAUCAUCGGAAUGCAAGUGUUUGGGAACAUCGAGCUCAAUGACGACACAGCCAUCAAUCGCCACAACAACUUCUGUACCUUCCUUCAAGCUCUCAUGCUUCUGUUCAGGAGCGCCACAGGGGAGGCGUGGCAUGAGAUCAUGCUGUCCUGCCUGAGUCACCGGGCAUGCGAGGAGAGAUCGGGGAACCAGGGGAAGGAGUGUGGCAGCGACUUUGCCUACUUCUACUUCGUCUCCUUCAUCUUCCUCUGCUCCUUCCUGAUGCUGAACCUGUUUGUGGCUGUCAUCAUGGAUAACUUUGAGUACCUGACCAGAGACUCGUCGAUACUGGGACCUCACCACCUGGAUGAAUUCAUCCGCGUUUGGGCUGAGUACGACCCUGCCGCCUGUGGUCGUAUCAAGCACCUCGACAUGUAUCAGAUGCUGCUACACAUGUCCCCACCCUUAGGUUUGGGAAAGAAAUGCCCGCCAAGAGUCGCCUACAAGCGCCUGGUCAAGAUGAACAUGCCCAUCGCCGACGACAACACGGUCCACUUCACCUCCACUCUCAUGGCCCUGAUCCGCACGGCCCUGGAGAUUAAACUGGGCUCAGGGAUGGUGGGCCAACGUCUGUCUGACGCCGAGCUGAAGAAGGAGCUGGCGACGGUGUGGCCCAGCCUCUCCCAGAAGACCAUGGACCUGCUGGUGACCCCCCACAAGCCCAAUGAGCUCACGGUUGGGAAGCUAUAUGCAGCCCGGAUGAUCUUCGACUACCUCAAGCAGAGGCAAGCCAAGAAACUUCAGCAGAGUAAGAUCGAGGCUCUGUUUAAGCCAUUGCUGCCUCUGACUCACAUGCAGGAGAAGGACAUGCCUCCAAACAGCGUGGAGCCUCCUUGUGAAGUCCAGCCUCAGCCCCUGCCAGACCCGGUCCAGGCCAGACCUAGCAGCAACUCCCUUAACAACGGGGGUGCUCUGCCCGGCCAUAAUCGUCGAUCGUCCUCCUGGGUCACGGAGUCUCGAGACGUCCAGAGGCCCAAGAUUAAGAGAGUCAUGUCCAGGGACCAGUCAGAGGACGUCCCAAACCUAGCCAGUCCUAAGGAGUCUGUGGAGAUGAAGGAGAUGGAUACUAGUGCGGUUUCAGUGCCUGGUGAUGGGUCUUCUCUGGAAAGCCAUGGAAGGGCGGUGUCUAUGCCUCGCCUCAACGCUGAGCUGCAGCAGAGCCACUCUCGUCACUCCCCUGGGAUCCAGCUGUCUCCCGUCCCUGACGCCAGCCCCAUGAGGCGCUCGGUUUCCACCGUGGCACCCCAGCGGCCCCAGGAGGUGAACCUGCGUGACUACACCCUGGAGAAGCCCUCGCAGGAGAGGCCCCCUCACCACCACCACCACCAUCGCUGCCAUCACCGCAGAAAGAGAGACACAGAGAAGAAGCAGAGGUCCCUGGAUAGAAGCAUGGGAGGACAGCCUCUGAGCACAGCUGGUGCGCCAGGCGACCCGGCGGCGGAGCCGGCCUCCGGAGAGCGGGGUCACGACCGCGGGCGCUCCCACGAGAGGAAGCACCACGCCUCCUCGGCGGCGGAGAAACACCGCUACUACUCCUGCGACCGCUACAGCAGCCGGGAACACUGCCACACCAAGUCUGCCACCGCCAGCUGUGCGACCUCCCCCAGCGAGGGACAGGACACCAGCUUCAACAAACAGGGCAGUGGUUGGGUUAAAGGCAGCCCGGUGAUGUUGACCUCAGGUGUUAGCACGCCCAGCCGUGGCCGCAGGCAGCUCCCCCAGACCCCCCUGACCCCCCGGCCUGGGGUGGCCUACAAGACUGCCAACUCCUCCCCCGUGCACUUUGCGUCCGCCCAGGCCGGCCCGCCCAGUCUGAGUCCUGGCAGGUUGAGCCGAGGGCUGUCGGAGCACAACGCCCUCCUGCACAGCGGCACCUCCCCCGUCCCCUCCCCCGUCACCCGCAUCAGCUCCGAGCCCUUCCUGGCCCCCCCCAUCGGGAGCCCUCUCUGUAGCCUGCGGGACGAGCUGGCCUUUUUCCAGGACGAGCCUGGCCCUCGCGCCUUCGGACGCCCGCCUCGGACUGCGCCGCCUCGCGUGGGGGGCCUGCCUCUGCCCCCCCAGCAAAGCCUGGCGGUGGCUAACGGAUACCAUUUCACCUUUGGGGGCAGUGGCAGCCCAAGCACCGGGGCCAGGGUGCCCAGGUACUACUAUGAGGCAGAGGAGGACGGAUGGUGCUAGCAUGGCUUCACACGGAUGUUUUUAAUGCAUUUUGGAUUAAAUGUGAUGAGUUUUAUCAUCUUUUUUUUUUUUUUUCGUUUACACUGUUGCUAAAUACGUGUACAAAGUUGUGUUUAAUCCUUUCGUGGUGAAGUGGAACCAAGGGGACAUUUCUAUUUGAAUGUGAACCGAGAUGUGUCAUUUUUACGACUUGUGUGAUGAGGAAAUUGAAUGCAAAUUGAUGAAUAAAUUAGAGUUGUGGCACCUGUAAGAUAUAAUUGCUUUUACACAAGAGAAGGACAUUGUUUAUUGAGGAACCAAGUGAAUUUCUUCUUUAAAAACUAUCAAAUGGAGACCAACCAGUCUUAAAAUGCCUAAACAUUGCUUCCCCGUAUCAAACAUGAUAUUCUCCAUAACAGGUUUAAACAUAAUAAUCAAAAAGUUCCAUGGUAAAUUAAAUGAAAUUCUACUUUCACUAAUGCUGUUUAGGAUGUUUAUUGACACAUGAUUGGGUGAACACCCCAUACAUUCUACUUAACUGCAAAGCAGCUUUUCUGCUUUCCUUCCAGACUCUGCUGUUCUGUGAUGUUUCCUGGUCCUUAGUCACAUUCCUGUCCAGCUGUCAGAAGCGCCACAUCGACCAAUGGUGUUGUUGUUUCACACGUGUGGAUUCUCUUCUGUUGAACAUGUCCGUCAAACUUCACUACCACCAUACUUGAGCAAGUAGAGGGAGAAAAAAAGAAAGUUUUUUUGUUUUUAUAUUUAACUAUCGUAGAUGUUAUCUUUUUAUUGUGUGCAUUUUUUGUACGGUGUAACGACAAGUGUGUUUUUCUGUCUAUUGCUUACAGUUUUGCCAUCAUUUCAGGUUCUAAUGUUUCUUACAGCUUCAAAUGUUUAAUACAAAGUGCCUAUCCUUUUAGAUAAACUGUAGUAAAGAUGCAAAGACGAAAGAUUUUUUUUUAAGUAUCAACUCUUGAGUUGUUCAUUUGAUAGUUCUGCAAGAUGUAAAGCAAGCCUUAUCUGCAAACAGAGAAAUUACAACUACAGUUAGAAAAUGGAUGGAGAUAACGUAAUUCUUGCUAUGAUUUUCUUUUGAUAAAUAUGUGACAAAUUUGAGUGUAAAGGUUGCAACCUUGUGCAAAAUCAUAUACGAACAUUUAACAAAUAUGAAACCUGCAUUUGUAGCAUAUCAAUCCAGUUAGGACUACAUAAUCAGACUAACACUGCAUGACUGAAAUCGUAAAACUGGUCGACAAACGCAAUGAUGAAGUAGUAGAGCCUACUUCUCGUUCUGGUGUGUGGACCCUCCUGCAUUGCCUACUGUACUUCAACUACGUGAUGACUAUAGGCCAAAAGGAAUCUGAUAAGAAAGACAAACAGUGUGCACUUUUUGAUGGAUGUUCUAGAGUAGAGAUCCAGAUCCCUGAUGAGAGUGUGUGUGUGUGUGUGUGUUGAGUCGAGCCCCUGGCACCAGUACACUGAACCCUUCUAUAGUGCAUGUCCCUGUUGGCCCGAGACCAAGAUCUGCCACCACAUCUCUGCUUCCAGUUUGGAGGGGGGAAAAGAAUCUCAGAUGGAUAGAAAUGUGGUCUACACCUUCUGUUAAAUAGUGGAGCAAAAUCUGUCAUCUAGUAGUACCUGAUGUUGUUAACAAUCUUCAGAGCUAGGCUUCACUUGUUUAUGUUUGUGUCCAUAUGACAACACCUUGAGGGUUCUUUUCCGCGAUUAAUCGGGAAAUGCACAAGAAUCGAUUUGAACAGACCUGUGCUCUGAGAUUGGGAUGUGGUUAUGUACAGUCGGGCAUCUAGAGGAAGCUGGCCUCAUGUUAUAGCAUCACAAAGCUGUCUAUGAGAUGCCCUUGAUGGGGCCUGAGGCUUCCAUGAGCACACACUUGUCAGGGGUCUGUUUGUUUCCAGAGGUAGGGUCUUGAUUAUGGAGAACGUAGGGCUAUGCAACAAGACGACACUUUGAAAAGAUACUUCAUCCAUUCUGUAGCUUUACAUGCUGGUCUUUUCAGAUUCAGGCUUCAGCAUGAUUGUGACCAAAUAUUUUGUAUAAAAUUGUUUCAAAAAGUUGCAAAAAAGACUUUGAAAUGCAUUAAGGCACAAUGUAUAAAGCGGAAAUGAAUAGAAUAUUUAGAUCUACAGCAACUUUAUAUAUUUGCAUGCGUAACAUUUACCCACUUUGACAAUGUCAAAAGGAAAACGUGUCUUAAAAUGGAAGUAAACAAUGUAGUGAUGUUUUCUAUCUGCUCUGUUAGGUCACCUAACAAAGGUUUUCCAUCCAGAGGCUGUUCAUAAAUUAUUGGAAAAACUUCCAGAAGUUAUUGACUUAUUUUUCACGAAGACAGGAACACAUUCUUUAUGUUCCAAUUUUAGAUUACUCAUUAUUUUUCUCUUGACUUGUUGCCAUAGUGGGUCAAAGUAAACUAUCCAUCUCUACCUUCAUUUCAUAUUUCUGGCCUCUGUAUUAUGUCAGAAGAAACAUAUUACAUUACAUUUAGUCAUUUAUAUCCACACCCAAGUCUGUAACAGUUGGUUGCCAAACAUUGAACUUUUCCAAUCUCUUUCUGCACACUAACGGCAGUGUAGUUGUGGCUGUUUUAUUGAGGAAAAAAAUGUUUGCAUGUUCCAAUGAUGUAUGUGCAUGUAGACAUAGACAUCUUAAACACUUUUGAUACCAUGUGCUCAUUUGUUGUUGAUUUUUAUUUAUAUUUGAUAUAACUGUGGGGUUUGUUGAAAAAACAACUUUAUACAAAACCAGUAUUGAACAAUGUUGAUCGUUCUACCCAUGCUGCAGAGCUGGAACAUGACAUGUUUGGGUGAUGGGAUUGAGGGAGUUGUUUGUUGCCUGAAUUAUGUUUAUUGGCCAGACUUUGAAUUCUGCAGUUGUUUCUACAUUUACAUUUUGUAUGAAGUCCCUUGAAUUAAAAAAAAGAAUG